GCACAAAGUGAAUGGUACAGUAAUUUAGCAAAUAGGAAAAAAACCAGUAUAAAGCAGAGUUGCAGUUGAAACGAACUUCGCAGUGUUGGGGUGGGACGUUUUCGAGACGGAUUAUAACAUUUGCACCUAUAUAAUAAUAUGUACGCGAUUAAAAUAUAAUAUAAUUUCCACCGCAAAGUACCGCGGGUACCUAUCUACCUUUACUACUUGAAGUGAAAACUAUUGAAAUCGAACCUUUUAUUUAGUCUUCAACAAUGCGAUCGUUCAAACUGGAAAGAUGUCUGCUAACCGUCAUCUUUCUGGCGACUGUUAUUUUUUCCACCUGUGAUUACGCCGCUUGCUUGGAGUCCUCGUACAGAAUUAAGGAAUUCGGUUAUCCUCUGAUGACGUACCAAGUGAAGACCGUUGACAAAUAUCAGUUGGGCAUAGAACGAAUACCGCACAGUAAACAUCGUAGUAAUCCACGUCCCGGCAAACCAGUCUUGUUGUUGCACGGUCUGUACUUAUCGUCAGCAAUAUUCACCAUAAACAACUCGUCGCUCAGUUUCGUCCUAUCGGAUGCCGGUUUUGACGUUUGGCUGUUCAACGCCAGAGGAGUUGGUCUUUCGAGAAAACUCAGUAUUUAUAAGAAGCCUGGAUCGUCUCCAAAAAUGAACAGCAUAUCAUGGGACUUCAGUUUUCAAGAAAUGGGUGUGUAUGAUAUGACUACUACCAUUGAUUUCAUUUUAAAAAAUACCGGAUAUUCUAAAUUGGACGUGGUGGGCUACUCCCUUGGGACAACAAUAUCACUGGUAUGUCUAACCGAUAGACCAGAAUACAAUUCCAAAAUCAACAAACUUGUACUAAUGGCUCCAACGUCCAGGCUUAAAUCAUCGGGCAUGCCACUAAACAUGUUAAAACAAUAUUCUGGUUUCAUAAGAGGUUUCUUAGAUGGAGUUAAUUUCUUUCCGAUUACUCAUGAUCCUGAUACCACGUAUCGACUAUUGAGACGUUUGUGUACGAUUGAUUUCGCCUUUAAAUAUUGCAGACAAUUUAUUGAUUUCUCUCAAGGAAUCAAUUUACCGAUUAAUAAUGACACAAUUUUAGACAUCAUCUCCGAAUUUCCACAGCCAAUGUCUUCUAAGACCUUAAGACACAUGUUGCAAUUAUUGACAACUGGAAGAUUUUGCCAUUAUGACUAUGGCCCUUCUGGGAACUUGUUACACUACAAAACAAAAACGGCACCGGAUUACGAUCUGUCCAGGAUUACUGCUCCUACAUAUGUUAUAUAUUCCAAAGAGGAUACUCUAGUUCGUCCAGUGGAUGUUGAAUGGCUCAUAACUCAGUUACCAAAUAUUAAGGAUGUACACUACAUUGACAAAAUACCAUUUGGUCAUUUAAGUUUUUCAUUAAGUCCAAUUAUGAAGGAAGUCGUGAAUAUGUAUAUAACAAAUAAAUUAUUAGAUACCUAAUAGUAUAUAAUUACAAAAAUCAAAUAAUUAAUGAUGUAUAAAGUGCACUUACUGUAAGCCUACCGAGUAAGCCUACCGACCUAACUUUAUUUUAAAUAACUUUUUUAGAUUUGCAUAAAAUUGCAAAUUUAUUAUUUACAUUGAUUGAUUGGUGUUGUGAAUGAUUGUCUAUUUUAAUUAUACAUACUUAAUAUUGUCAUUACUAUAAUUUGCAUGCAAAUAAAGAUGUUAUAACUUUUUAUAAGUCAUACUUAACACCUUUAUUAUUGUAUGUAAAAAAUAUUAUUAUUACAUCGUUAAAAAAUAACAUAACUUAGUGAUUAUUUGGCAUUGAUGAUUCCUACUUAUUUGAAUGAGUAAUGUCUACGAUUAAUUACUAUGGCUAUGUAUAAUUAUCACUGAUUAUAUUGUACACAAGUUAAUUUUUUCGUAAAUAUUUUAUUUAAAUCAACAAUAAAUUGUAGAACUUUAUAUUAGAACUUUAAUUUUAAGAACGCAUAUUGUUUAGAAAUUUAAAUAUUAAAAUUUAAAAAAUUCAAAUGUUCGUAAUCAUGAAAAUGGCACCUAAACAUUAAGCUAAGAGCUUAAAAUGUUCUUUAAUAUUUUGCCUAUGGUUUUAUAUUCCAAACAUCCUAAUAGUUAAUCAUAGUUGUAUAUACCUAUAUUUGUAUUUGUAGAGUUAGUGUGAAAUUGGAUAUCAACUUUUCUCGUUGCAUAUGUAAAUUCUAAAAAAUAGUAAAUAAUCUACUAAAGCUGUAUGACAAUUAAAACUACGUAGAUUUAUAGUUAAUAAAUAUUUUUGUUAUGUUA